GCUAUUCCAACCCAAGGUCUACUGAUUUUAUUUCACUACCUUACGGAGCAACUCCCCUACCAGCCAUCUGCCAAUAAAGGCCAGACCACGUCCCUAGAUUCCAGAUCGCCCAAGAUUAUCUAUUUUAAUUCAAAUGCUCGCGAAACUGUCCUCUGAAUCCAUUUGUCAUCGACAACUACCGAGUACGAGUCUGCACAGUUCCUGAACUGUAUUCAACUGAGCCGACUUGUUUGCACCCAUCUGGCCUCUGUCGGCAGUAACGAGCCCAACGAUACCCAUUAGGGACAGAUACGGCCUAGUACCGAAUACUGUUCAUUGCUUUGGUUAUCGUGCAAAACGCGAAUUAUUUGCCUCCCGCACUAGGGAUUUGACGUGUACGGCUGUGCACCGCUAUGUCUGUGGACUUGCUCACCACUGCCCAUCCGGGCCAUAUCGAUGGCGAAAUUGAACUCAAUGAGAUAAGCCACAUGGAAAGCGGAGGCGACCAUACCGAUUUGGAGGAGCAAGACCUAGGGGGAAUAGAUUUCGACGGCGACGAAUUGGUGACCGAGGAUAGGCACGAUCCGCCCGGCCUCGACCUCGAAGGCACGCAACCCGAGGAACACGAGAACGAAGGGGGGAAUGACUCAACUGAAGGGAUACCUCCCGAUGAUGCAGAAGAGGGCUUUUAUAUGGAAAGCAGCGUCGCCGUUUUCGAGCAUGUCAAGCCAGACAGCUUAUCCUCGGCGAAGAUACCCGAGGUUGAGAUCAUGUUGGGUACAAACGGAACUACUGCGGAUAGGAAUACCGGUAGUACUCCAGUCGCAUCCCUCACCCCCGGCUCUAACAUGCAACAGGAAGAUGCUAUGUCUGAGAUCGAUUACGACCACAACGAUGAUGAUUCUGCCGAUAUAGGCACGGCCAACCAAAAACUCUCAGUGGGUGUACAGGGUGCCAGAGAUGAAAAUCCAGGCGAAGAAUCUGAGUCUGCAGAUAUCACAGAAUUCAUGGCUGUUGCAAACGGCCAGAAAAAGGCCUCACAGACAGAUUCAGAGCAAGGCGCUCCACAAGAAACCACUCCCUCAGUUGCCUUCCAGGAGAAGAGUGAGACCCACGACUACGAACAUGACGACUCUGAACUUGUUGAGACUGCCGAUUUCACCGGCAUUGAUGAUGCAGAGGCGGAGGAACCAAAUGUCUCGAAUCCCGAUAACGUGGAUAUUUUGAACGAUCAAAGUACCGACGCUCCCGAACUUAUUGCGAUAGAACCUUCCGAGGACGACAACGAAUACCACGAAGACACUGAUUAUAUGGAUGUCACCGAGCUCGAUCAGUCGCCCGAUGACUUCUCGAACCCUCCUACAGUGCAAGUCCACUAUCGGGGGACAAGCUAUGCUCUCUUUCAGAGGUCAUAUGAGGACGAGCCUGAUUCGUUCUUCUUUUCUGAUAUGGAAGCGCUUGAAUUCCCGCUUUCUCAGUUUCUUGCUAGCCUGCGUGAGGUCGUCGAGGAUGUGGCCAACGAUGACGAGGUGCUAAUUCGUAUCGAUGAGCUGGGACUAGAGUUCGCUGAAACAACGGACAAAAAGCUGCUUGAUAAAAUUACCUUCCGUAAUCUCGUUGAUCUCCAUGAUCGGUUGGUGCGCGCAGAUGACCCAGACUCUCAGCAUCACACCAUGCAGAUCUUCCUAGUGACACGCCCCAAUUGCCAGCGGAGGCUUGAGGCUCUGUUGGAUGGUGCCAACGUUGGCGAGGGAUUGGACGCCUAUCGCCUUUCAUAUCCCGAGUAUCUGACCGUGGACUUUCCCGCCAAGUCCACCGGCUCAGCUGAUUCGCUGUCUCGCCAAGAUGAAGAGUCCAACGUUGAGCUUGACCAUUAUGAGGAGCAGUAUGAGGAGCAGGAAGACGAGGAACUUGAUGUCCUGGAUGCGUCACAUAAUCUUGACGACCAAGCACCUGAAGAUCAGGUGCUGGCUGUAGAGGACUUGGUCACUGGUUUGCAACCGAUUUCAGACGGUCAAGUGACCGAUGAGAAAGACCAGUCCGCGUCGGUAACCUCGGACCACGCAAUUACACACGGCUUAGAGACCGUCGAUACAGAAGACGACAAGGUUGAUGACGAAGGUGUCGAAUCAUAUCUUGAUAUCUCAGAAAGACAAAUGGGGGAUUCGGGCACACCGGGGCAUUUCCACGAGGGCGAGGAUCAAGAGACCUUUGAAGUUGAGGAUCAGAUCGCUACCGAUGCGAAUCAUCAAGUAUUAGCACCCCAGGACAGUGACCCCAAGGCAUUGGUGGAAGAGAACGAAGAGGACGUCGAUGACCAUACCGCUAUUGACAUGGAAGAGCACAUCAGCUCUGACGUAACUGCAAGUUUGUUCCAGCCCACGAAUGAUGCAGAGCAUAAUGCAAAUCCUUCUUAUGAGGAUGGUGGCGAGGAAGCGGCUCCGACUAUGGAAGAAGCUGUUGAGCUGGGAGGGCUGCCCGAACUCGCCGAGGCUGAUAUUGAAGUUACUAUCGCUGAAUCCACACACAUCGUCGAGGCAGAUCAUCAUGAUUGGCAAGAUCAGGAAAAUGCCGAAGACUACACCGUUGCCGAUAUUCAUGAGAGUAGCAACAUUCCUCACCAUAAGCCAGAUGAACGCCCUGCCGGAGACGAGUCCGAGCAAACCAGCGCAUCUGGCACACUAGCUGGCGAUGAGAUUGAAGGGAUUGACACAGAAGACAUUGCGGCGCCGGUCGAGACCCACGGUAACGUGGAUGGUAGCUCUAUACAACAUGAUGCCGAUGAAAUCGACUGGGAAGACAACGGAGAUGAAACAGCGAUUGGCGGUACUCACCUCUCUACGCCCGCGAGCAAUACUGGGAAGAGAGGGCGAGUAGACGACGGUGAUGAAGCCGGUGGCGAGCACGACGUCAAGCGUCAUCGUGUCUAGUCGCCUAUCCAUACACCCCUUCCUUUGAGAUAAUGUAGCCUUCGGGCUGUGCCCCCUCAACAUUUAGCAGUUGUAGUCCAACUGCAGCCAGGCCUUCGGCUUGUGUGGACCUUUUGACCCCCGCAGAUCUUUCACUCGACCAUUUCUUUCUCGGAACCAAAAUACUAUAGGAGCGACAACGGACACCAAAUUUGACAGGCAGGGUGACGAUCGGCUAAAAUGUACAACCAAGUUAUCAUCACAGGCCCAGAAAGGUAAGUUUGAUUUCUGGGCUUGUGAGUCGAUCAUUCGCAACCGAGUCGACUACGAUAAUUCGAUUUUUCGCCUGAAAAUAUGCCACGACCAGGACAGCGGCCUUCUAUCGUGUACUUGCAGGCGUUUUUGAGAUUCCUAUGGCGCCAUGGAAAGUAGGAUUGCGAUGUGAUACCCAUUUACAACCGUUUUGUUUACUGUUUUCUUUUUCCUUUCGUCCAUGGUACUCUCGCCCUUUUUGUGUUUUCUCACGCUUUCUUUUUCACUUCUCUUUCAUGUCUCUACUCUUGGCCUACAUGGUUUUUUCUGGUCAUCUGAUUUCAUUCUUUAUGUACCUUUACAAAAGAUAUCCGGGGCAUAUGUGACCCCUGUAGCUGACUUAAGAUUUAGUUUGGUGUUUCUCGGCCGAGUGACGGCAUUGAUUUGACUGGCGGUUACGUUUGGAUGGCUUCCGUGGACAAAUUGAGAUAGAUGAGGGAUGGGGCAUACCAGAGGCACUGGUCUUUUUCUCAUAGUUGCAAUUACUUUGUUUCCAAGUCUGAAGCGCGGAAUUCUUGCAGUAGGUAGAUGGCUUACGGAAUGCGAAGGGGAGUUUGACAGUCGAUUGGUCCUGUGCUGAGUCGAGGAACAUUAGUUUAAGGGAGCUAGUUAGACGGAUCAGGGUUAGUUCACAAAUGACGAGACGUCGUCUCAUCGUCAUGAAAUCCACAAACAGUUCCCGUUCAGAUCUAAAGAGGACACAUGUACUGUGCCAAUCAAUGGAUGGGUUUUGGAAGACGUCGAUUUCAGGGGCACGCAGUAGGGCAAAAGUCUAAA